AUGGACAAAGAAAAUCCAAAAUCCUGCCCAUUAAUUAAAGAAAAUGGACCAUUAAAAAAAGUACACGUAAAAUUUGGUGCUCCUUCUGCAGGCUCACGAGAUCCACUACGAGAAAUUUGCCCAAAUAAAUUCCAGGCAAAUCAAGCUUCUAACAAUAUUAAGGUUCGUAAAUCCUCUUACAGAGUUCUUAAAGUGAAAAAAAGUGAAGUUUAUGUGCGCUCGAAGUCAUCUAGUACUGCAGAAACAAAAAUAAACUAUUACUUGGAGUCACGAAACAUUACAGAACAUCAAAGUAAUGGCGACAUUAUUAGCAAUGAAGAUGAAGUGUUUGUAGAAGGCGAAAAUCAUUAUUUCAAAUAUUUUCCUGAAAGUAAGGAUGUUGAUCAUUCUUCUACUAAGCCGCAGCCAAAGGUAGAAAUGAAAAUUGCGCAACAAUUGCCAGUACAAAUAAAAAUUACUCUUCCAUCUCGUGAAAACACGGAAGUUGAAAAACCACGACGAAAAAUAACAGUUGUUAGAAGGCGUAACAGCAGGCAUAGAAGUUGUACCGAGGAAGAUUUUUACAAAGAUUGUCUAUAUGAUAAUGACUAUUUCGGGGAGAAUUAUAAAUACAUGCUCGAGAGAGAGAAAUCUUUUGUUCUUCGAAAGGAUCUUUUAAAGAAAGUGUCUGAUGUUAAGUACAGGAUGAUUGUUGUCAACUGGUUAAUCAAUGUGCAACGAGUACUAAGACUAACAGAAACUACACUUUUUACUGGAAUACGUAUGUUUGACUACGUGAUACUUUCUACAAACAUUGCUGCCAACAGAUAUUCUUUAAUGGGAGUAACAUGCUUAUGGAUUGCUAAUAAGAAUUUUGAUGUUCAUUUUAUACAGGUGUAUAUAAAUCAAUAA